AUGGAAGCCAAAUGUAGCCUUUAUAGAACUAUCCAAGACAACCUGUACAGGCCAGGAGAAGCCAUAAUUGGUGGGGUCCUCUAUCUAACAGAGAGCUUGGUGGUUUUGCUCAAUUUUACAGAGCCUCCAGAUAGAAGCCUUUAUUCUUCUCUUACAAAAAUGAGAAAGUAUCAGCAUGUCCUCGCCCUGAUUUUUGCCAUCGAUGAGAUCAAUAAGAAUCCCAAACUCUUGCCCAAUGUCACCCUUGGAUUCCACAUCUAUGACAAUUUCUUUCAUUCAAGAACCACACACGAAAUCAUCCUGGAUCUACUUUUUACAGAGCAAAAACAUGCACCCAACUACUUGUGUGACAGGAGAAACAAUGUACUUUCCAUUAUUGGGGAGUUCCCUACUGAAAGUAUGAUUGAGAUAACCAGCAUUUUCAAUACCUACAAGAUUCCUCAGUUCACAUAUGGUACACAUAAGACUUCACUCUGUGGGAAAACUGGAUCUCCUUCUUUGCAUUGGAUCUCCCCAAAAGAAUCUACUCAUCACAUGGGCAUUGUCCAGCUGCUUUUGCAUUUCCAGUGGAGAUGGAUUGGCCUCAUUGUUUCAGAUGAUGAUGGAGGCGAAAGCUUUUUGCAGAACUUCAUUCCUGUCCUUGCCCAGCACAGCAUUUGUGUUGCUUUUCUGCAUAAGGAUACAGUAAAGAAUUAUCAUACUGAGAAUCAGUUUCUUGACAAUUUCCCGAAAUUAAUACUUGCAGUCUUAUUACCUGAAGUCAAUGUGAUUAUUCUCAAGGGAGACUCUCAGUUAAUCAUUUUCUUAUCAGACCAGCUAGAUGUUUUUGAAUUCGUCACCAAGAUCUAUAUAGGGAAGGUUUGGAUUAUGCCACCUCAAUGGUAUUUCAGUGCCCCACAGUCUGGGAUAAUUAUUGGUGCACAGUUUUUUCAGGGUGCUUUGUCCUUCAGCAUCAGCACUAAAACUGUGCCAGGAUUCUGGGACUUUCUUCACACCUUCAAACCAGAUGAAUCGAUGAAGCAGUUCUUCUGCGUGUUCUGGCAAUAUGCCUUCAACUGUCAUCUGUCCAGUGAAAACAAUAAACAAUUUGAAAAAUGUAUAGGGAAUGAAAAGCUGGAGAGUCUUCCUAUAAUUAGGUUUGAGAUGGACAUGACUGGCCAAAGCUAUACAAUCUACAAUGCUGUCUAUGCUGUGGCCCAUGCUUUACAUGCCAUAUGCUUAUCCAGACGAGGAACCGUGCCGAAGAGAGGCAAGUUCAAGCCUUUGAAUGUUCAGCCAUGGCAGCUUCAGUCUUCCCUGAAAAAUAUCCACUUUAACAAUGGAGCUCUGCAUGAAGUCUUGUUUGAGAACGGGGAAUUAUCCAUUGGGUAUGAUGUUGUCAACUGGGUAACCUUUCCCAACCAAUCAUUCCUUGAAGUCCAGGUUGGAAAAAUUUCACCAAGCCAUGAGUUCUUCAUCCAGGAGGGCAACAUUGUGUGGAAUAAUCGAUUGCAACAGAUGCCGCCCCACUCCAAGUGUGUUGAGAGCUGCCAUCUUGGGUACAGCCAGAUAAUUCAGGAGGGGAAACCACCUUGUUGCUAUGAUUGUGCUCCAUGCCCAGAGAACAUGAUUUCAAAUAACAUAGUGAUGUCUACACAUGCAAAGUCAUCAAAAAUGCAAAUUGCCAGUGUCAGCUACCAAUGUCCAGAGGAUCAGUUCAGCCACCGUUUGUUACAUUUGUUUAACAAAACAAAGAGCAGUUAUAGGAAUGAACAGAUUAAUUUGUCUUUGUCUUUUCCAGAUGCAGUUCAUUGUGUCAAGUGCCCUGAGGAUCAGUAUCCAAACAAAAACCAAGACCAAUGUAGACAAAAGAUCAUUACUUUCCUAUCCUACAAAGAGCCUUUGGGGAUAGUUUUACUUUCUCUUGCUCUUUCCUUUUCUGUGAUCACUUGUUUGGUGAUGCAAAUCUUCUGGAAGAACUGGAAUACACCCAUUGUCAAAGCGAACAACCGGCCCUUGACCUGCAUUCUUCUCACCUCCAUUCUGCUUUGCUACCUUUCUUCCCUGUUCUUUAUUGGCAAACCAGUCAAGGACACCUGCAUCAUACAACAAAUGGCUUUCGGCGUCAUUUUCUCUGUAUCUGUUUCUUGCGUGUUGGCAAAAACAGUUAUUGUGGUCUUGGCUUUCAAGGCCGCAAAGCCAGGCAAUAGGUUGAGAAAAUUCCUAGGGAAAAGUGUGGCUAACUUCAUUGUUCUUUCCAGCUUCCUCAUUCAAGUGGGCAUUUGUAUUGCAUGGGUGUCUACCACUCCUCCUUUCCUGCAUGCUGACAUGCAUUCACAGGCUGAGCAGAUCAUUGUGGAAUGUAAUGAAGGCUCCAUCACCAUGUUCUACAGUGUCCUGGGCUAUGUGGGCUUUCUGGCCAUCGUCAGCUUCGCUGUAGCUUUCCUAGCCAGAAAAUUGCCAGAUACUUUCAAUGAAGCCAAAUUCAUCACCUUCAGCAUGCUGGUGUUUUGCAGUGUUUGGGUCUCUUUUCUUCCAGCUUAUGUGAGCACUAAAGGAAAGCAUAUUGUGGCUGUAGAGAUUUUUUCCAUCUUGGCUUCUAACACUGGGCUCUUGGCUUGCAUCUUUUCCCCCAAAUGUUACAUUAUCAUUGUAAGAACUGAUCUCAAUUCCAGGAAGUUGAUAAUAGAGAAGAGGAGUUAA